AUGGGUUGCUUUUCUAGCAAGAGCAAAAAAUUGAAAAAAGAGCAAUCUGAUUCAAAAGAAAACAUAAUGAGAGAGGAAAGUGAGCCAAGAAUUGACACCGAGCAAGAAAAUCCUAAAAUCCUUAUCUCAGAGACAUCAAUAAUAAAAGAAAAUUCAAACCCUCAAGAGACUAAUCUUGAUACCGAGAAUCGGCAAGAGCAAGAUAUAAAAGAUAUAAGAGAAUUAAUAAGGAAAGCAAAUGAAAACUCAAAAUUACCGAUCAGAGUAGGACUGAUGGAUAGACUUAAAGCUGAGCAUGGUCCAAAAAUAAAUUCCUGAGAAGAACUUGGAAAAAUCAGUGAAGAUCAAAUGCAAUUAGAAGAAAAAUUUGAGCUUAUUCACUGCCCAUUAAAUUUACCAAAACAAUUUUCUAGGCUGAAUUAUUUACUCGAAAAAGCAACCAAUCUUGUGCAUCUUUCAUUAAAAGAUUGCAAUUUAAGGUACAUCCCUUUCCUUCCCGAAACCCUUACAUAUUUAAACCUCUCUGAGAACCAAAUUUUUUCCUUAAAAGAAAAAAUUCCAGCAAUAGCCGGGCUAGAAGUGUUGAGUGCAGCUUAUAACCAAAUAACUGAAAUCCCAAAUGAACUCAAAAACCUUAAAAAAUUGCAAGAAUUGAAUCUCUCAAAUAACAAAAUUUCCAAAGUAGAUCACUCUCCAUUAGAUGGUAUGGCAAGUUUGGGAACUCUGAAUUUAGCUUCUAACCAGCUUAAAGAAAUUUCUUUUGUAUUAGGUGAUAUGUCUUCACUAGAAGUUUUAAUUUUAAGCAACAAUGGGAUAGAAAUGCUGCCUGACAACUUUUUCCAUGAAGACUCCGAAGUUUCCUAUCUUCAUUUAAGCUACAACCCUUUAAAAGAAAUCAGUGGAUCUAUUUCAUUAUUAAAAGGAUUAAUAAAACUAGAUUUAAGAUCUACCAAAAUCAAAAGCCUGCCUUUUUCAAUAAAAGACCUAAAAAAGCUGAAAACCUUGAACUUAGAAAAUAACAUCAUGGUAACCCCACCUAUGCAUGUGGUCGUAAAAGGCCUCAAAAGGAUUCAAGAAUGGCUUAUAGAAGCUGAUAAAGAAUUCAAGAAAAAACAGUCCAUGGAAGAACUGAAACCUAUACAAGAAGAAAUUGUGACAGAAAAAAAAGAUCAAGAAGAAACAAAAACUGAAGAAAAUGUAACUGAAAAUAAGAAGAAGCCGGAGGGGGCGCCUGUUAUUUUUCAAAAACAGCUGAAAGAAAAAUAUAUCAGAAAUAUUGAAUUGAUAAAUAAAGUGUUUUAUACUGACACUAAAAAUCGGCUCCAUGUCAAAUGACUGCGGAAAUUUGAUAGUGCGACAUCUCAUAGGGGAAACUUUGUUCGAAUCAUUUUUGAUAGUGAGACAUUUGACCGAAAAAACCGUCAAAUUUCGGCCAAAUGGAUACACUAUUUAAAAAUUUUCGACCAAAAGCACUUCGGUGAAAUGGACACUAUCAAAAAGGCAAAGUCAUUUGACCUGCAACCUAAAAAUCAAUUGGAAUUUUUGAAUGGGGAUAUAAGAGAGUGCGUAAAUCUGUAUUUUGAUGAAGAAGAAGACACUGAUAAGAUUAUUUCGUCACUAGGAAGCAUUAGAGGACUGUGCGAUUAUUAUUUAGAAGAUUACUUUAAGCAGGGAAAGGAGAUGGACUUUCCUGCACUUUCUGCCUAUUUUGUAGGGAGAAUUGGAGGCUAUCAAGGCGGAGUCGGGCAGGUAAUAUUUUUUGGUCUUAAAAUUUUUAAAACCAAAUUUCCUUUUGGAAAUGCCAUACUAUCAAAACUUUCCGAUCAAAUGACAUGCAGCCAAAUCGGGCUAUUGAAGUAUAUGGGAUUUAUUUUAUAUGAUAAACCAUAUAUUGGGUUACAUUAUAAACUCAAAGCUAAUAAUAAAGUCAAGAAAAAGGUAAUAGAAGUAAAAGUAGCUUUAGACCAGCUCCUAAAACAUUUCCAAGAAAACAGAAUGAAAGAUCAAUUCACCCCAGAUUUUGAGUUUUUUGAACAAUAA